CGAUCGUCAAGCCCCCAUCCUCCAAACCCUGGUUCGGGGGUCGCUGCCUAAGUUAAGCUCUCUGAACCCGCUCGUCCCUCUGGCUGUGAGUUCGCCCCUCUCGCCUCUCGCGGCGUCUCCAUAUGACGCGCCGAGUCCUGUGGCUCCGCGCGGGUCCGGGAGUCGCGUCCGUUUCCGGUUAAAAUCGCUCCGAGGCAGGUGCCGCCCGACCUUUCUUUCUUCGUUCCACGGAGACACCGACCGGCUGCCGCGUCGUUUUCCUGCUCAAAUCCUUUGUCUGACGCCCGACUCCCCGCCCAACCGCGUGAUAAAGGCCUCGCUCAGGAGACGCUGAAGGAUGGGCUGGAUGAAUGUAAAACUUUGUUCCAACAGAGCCCGUCUGUUCAUGGUGAACAGAUUGCUCAGAGCUCAGCUCCAGAAUAAUCUAAGCUGAGAAUCCCAGAGGAAGAGGAAGGAAAGAAGGAAUGGCUCUUUCCAAGGGACAGUUGACGUUCAGGGACGUGGCCAUCGAAUUCUCUCAGGAGGAGUGGGAAAGCCUGGACCCCGCUCAGAGGGCCUUGUACAGGGACGUGAUGCUGGAGAACUACAGGAACCUGCUCUCCCUGGGUGAGGAGAGCUGCCCUCCAGAAAUUGGAAGGCUUUCUGCUGGAUUUUCAAUAAAGGAAUUAUCACCAAGAGAGGACAUUGAGAAAAGAGAAUUAUACCAUUUAAUGAUAUCAGAAAGCAAUGACAGGCAUGACAUCAACAAUUUUGACCUCAAGGAAGUCUGGGAAAAUAUUCAUGAGCAUCAGAAUGAAUGGGGAUAUGAUGGGAGAAAUUACAAAGGAGUGCCUUUGACUCAUAACAAAAAUUUCAUUUGUAGAAUAGAUUGGGAACAUAAUAAAUCCUCAGUUAACUUUCUACAAAAGCAGAGUGUUUCUAUAAAAAAUGAUGCAUACCAGUAUUUCAUGCAUGAUGAGCCAUUUACAAAGAAUUUGUUAAAACUGAAAAAUAACAUAAGCGAUGCUGGAAACAAGUAUAGAAAGUGUUUGGAAAACAGAACUGGAUUAAGUGGGCAGACACAAGUGGCUGAACUGCAGAGAUUUCAAACUGAAGAGAAAAUUUAUAAAUGCUGUCAAGUCAAGAAGUCUGUCAACAAUGGUUCCUCAGUUUCACCAUUUCAAAGCGUUCCUCCUAGUGUCAAAAACAUUUGUAAUACAUAUAGAAAGUUUUUUAAAUAUCCUUUGUUACCUGCACAGUACAGGACAAAACACAUUAGAAGAGAAUCUUGCAAAUAUAAUCAAAGUGGGAAGACUUUUAGCAAACACUUAAACCUCAUGAAUCAUGAGACAGUUCAUUCUGGACAGAGACCAUUCAAGGGUAAUGAGUGUGGCAAAGCUUUUAAUCAGUGCUUGAAACUUAAGAGACAUCAGAGACUCCAUACAGGAGAAAAACCAUAUAAAUGUGAUGUAGGUGGUAAAAUCUGUCGUCAAAAUUUGAACCUUGCAAUUCAUCAGAGAAUGGAUACUGGCGAGAAACCUUACAAAUGUAAUCAAUGUGGCAGAGCCUUUGCUGAACGUUCAAGCCUUGCUCAACAUAAGAGAAUCCAUACUGGAGACAAACCUUAUGAAUGUAAUCAGUGUGACAAAUCUUUUACCAGAUUUCUAAGCCUUAGAAGACAUCAGAAAAUCCAUACUGGAGAGAAACCUUACAAAUGCAAUGAGUGUGGCAAAACCUUUAUAGCAGGUUCAUAUCUUACUCGUCAUAAGAAAAUCCAUACUGGAGAGAAACCUUACAAAUGUAAUGAAUGUAGUAAGGUCUUUAGUCAAAAGUCAGACCUUGCAAUUCAUCAGAGAAUUCAUACUGGUGAAAAACCUUACAAAUGUGAUGAAUGUGGUAAAGCCUUUGCUGGGCAUUCAAGCCUUACUUGGCAUAAGAGAAUCCAUACUGGAGGGAAACCAUACAAAUGUAAUGAGUGUAGCAAAGCAUUUACGGAGAGUUCAUAUCUUACUCGACAUCAGAAAAUCCAUACUGGAGAGAAACCUUACAAAUGUAAUGUGUGUGGCAAGUCCUUUAGAGAGCGUUUAUAUCUUACUCGACAUAAGAAAAUUCAUACUGGAGAGAAACCUUACAAAUGUAAUGAAUGUGCAAAGGUCUUUAGUCAUAAGUCAAACCUUACAGUUCAUCAGAGAAUUCAUACUGGUGAGAAACCUUACAAAUGUAAUGAAUGUGGCAAGGUGUUCAGUCAUAAAUCUUUUACCUGCCCUGCAAACCUUAGAAGACAUCAGAAAAUCCACACUGGGGAGAAACCUUACAAAUGUAAUGUGUGUGGCAAAGCCUUUUGUGAGGGUUCUUAUCUUACUCGACAUCAGAAAAUCCAUACUGGAGAGAAACCUUACAAAUGUAAUGAGUGUGGCAGAGCUUUUGCCCAAUUUUCAAGCCUUACUAGGCAUCAGAAAACAUAUACUGGAAAGAAACCUUACAAAUGUAAUGAGUGUGGGAAGGCUUUUAGCAAAAGCUCAAACCUCACGAAUCAUGAGAGAAUUCAUUCUGGACAGAGACCUUACAAAUGUAAUGAGUGUGGCAAAGCUUUCAAUCAGUGCUCGAACCUUACUAGACAUCGGAGAGUGCAUACAGGAGAGAAACCAUGUAAAUGUGAUGUAGGCAGCAAGGCCUCUAGUCAAAAUUCAAACCUUGGAAAUCAUCAGAGAAUGGUUACUGGAGAGAAACCUUACAAAUGUAAUAUAUGUGGCAAGGUCUGUAGUCAAAAGUCAAACCUUGCAAGUCAUCAGAGAAUUCAUACUGGAGAGAAACCUUACAAGUGUAAUGAAUGCAGCAAAGCCUUUGCUGAGCGUUCAAGCCUUACUCAGCAUAAGAGAAUCCACACUGGAGAGAAACCUUACAAAUGUAAUGAGUGUGGCAAAGCCUUUGCUGAGCGUUCAAAUCUUAGUCAACAUCAGAAAAUCCAUACUGGAGAAAAACCUUACAAAUGUCAUGAGUGUGGCAAAGCUUUUACCCAAUUUGCAAGCCUUACUAAGCAUCAGAAAAUCCAUACUGGAGAGAAACCACACAAAUGUAAUGUGUGUGGCAAGGCUUUCAUUCAAAGUUCAAGCCUUAUGGAACAUCAGAGAAUUCAUACAGGAGAAAAACCUUAUAAAUGUAAUAAAUGUGAUAAGGCUUUUAUCCAACAUUCACACCUUUGGGGUCAUGAGAGAACUCAUACUGGAGAGAAACCUUACAAAUGCAAUGAGUGCGGCAAAGCCUUUAUGGAGCGUUCACAUCUCAAUCGACAUCAGAAAAUACAUACUGGAGAGAAACCUUACAAAUGUAAUGAGUGUGGCAGAGCUUUUACCCAAUUUGCAAACCUAACUAGGCAUCAGAAAAUACAUACUGAAAAGAAACAUUAUAAACCUAAUAUAUGUGGCACUGCUUUUAUUCAGAGGUCAAGCUUUGGGGAUCAUCAGAGAAUUCAUAGCAGAAGGAAACCUUACAAAUAUAAUGAUUAAGACAAAACUUAUGUACGUGUUCAAGCUUUAUUCAGCAUCAGAGACUCCAUCCUGGAGAGAAACCAUAUAAAAGUAAUGGAUGUGAGAAAGCCAGUAACCAGGGCUCACACCUCACUUGAUAUCAGAAUACGCAUCUUUGAGAGAAACCACACAAAUGUAACAUGGUAAGGUGUACCCAAAGUUUAAGCCUUGUGGAACAGAAUUCUUACUAGAGAGAAACCUUAUAAAUGUAAUGAGUGUGACCAGCUUUAUCAAAAAUGUACAACUUUGUGGUCAUGAAAGAAUUCAUAUAAGAUGAAAACCAUACAAAGCUAUCCAGGUCUGUAAACAAUGACCUCAUGAUACACCUAAGAAUUCAGGCAGAAAUAUUCAGACAGAAUUAGUACCCAUGUAAGGAAAGUGAUGAAUUGUUUCACCAAUUCUCUCAAUGAACUGUACAUAAGAAAAUUCAUAGUAGAGGCAACUAAGUCUAUUGUUUUCGAAGAUUAACCAACCUCAGAUGUUAAAUUCCACAGACAAUUAAAAGUGAAAUUGUUUAAAACUCGUGAGAUGAUGUGUGUCCAUGUAGUAAGGACAUCUGUGGAAGGGUCUAAUUACCUUCAGUUUAUAAAAUGAUUUCAUUCAGUUCUUUGAGGUUUCUGGAAAAGCCUACAUUUAUUGAUAGCUUACCACCUGAAGUUUGAAACCUGUUUUGUUAUACUUUCAAACAUGCUUUUCAUUUCUCACCAUUAUGGUCUCAGGGAAAGGAUCCGUAAGAUGAAAGGAGCUCCUUCAUUAGAUGGCAUUUAUUCAUAUCCGUGGAACCUGGAAAAACUAGGACAGUAAUUUUAAGAUACAAUCUAGUAUAAAUUUGAGAACACGGGAAGUGGCAGGGAAUAGAUGUAAAAGUAUUAUCUAAAUUAUUAUGCUUUCUUAGGUCAUUGGCCCUUCUCUAGAUUUGUUGGUAUGACUCUGGACCUCUGUUGACAGUUAUAGGAGAGGAUUGCCGUGCUGGUGAUCAUGAAACCGAGUAGGCCAGGAUAUUGAGAGAAGGACAUUUUCACUGAGUAGAAUGAUGGGGUGGCGUAUGUGGUACAAAAAUGGAGGAGGAACCAUGGUCUCUCUUUUGAAAAGUAAUAGCUGGUGCGUAUCACAGAUUAAUGAAAAUUAGUCUUAUUUUUGGAAACUGAAGAGACAUAGAGGACAGUUUAAUCAAAAGAACCAGAGUACAAGAUGCUUGUGUAAGAUUCAUAUUUGGCCACUGAAAUUGUAUUUUGAUACUCUUUUAUUUAGAAUGUAUCAUACUUCUCAUGUCCACGUAAGUAAAAUAAAAUGUUUUUUGUAACUGUGAA